AUGACUCCAGAAUCUGAUACAGAAAUAGAGUUGGAUAAUGAUGAACUUUCUGAAAUUCAAGAAAUAGAAGAACCUAUUUUGAUUUAUGCAAUAGUAUCAAUAUCAAGUUUUAUACCAGUUAUUUUAGAAAAUUUUUCAUCUCAAGAAGGAGUAUUAAAUACUGAUUAUACAACACCUUGUAAAAAUGCCACCUUGACACUUCAAUCUUCCGAAAAAAUUCGUUGCGUCGUAAAUUUGUUUAAUAUCAUGUGGAUUGAUACCGCAUCAUUUAGUUUAUAUGCAUUUUCGAUUAGUGUCAUAUUACAAGCGAUCACGGCCAUAUCAAUUGGAUCAAUUUCGGAUCAUGAAAAUAUGCGUAAAAUUUUAUUAUUGAGUUUUGCUUUUGUGGGAAGUAUUUCCGCCAUGCUAUUUUUAUUCGUUCAAUCUAAUAUCUUUUUGUUGGUAGCGAUUCUUGCUAUCAUGGGAAAUGUUUGUUUUGGAUCUGCGUUCGUUUGUUUUAAUGGAUUUUUACCAGUCUUAGUUAGAAAUCAUCCAGAUGUUAUAAAAAUUACUCAAAAGAUAAAAUCAUAUGAUGAUGAAAGAAGUCAUUUAAUUUUACAAAGUUCAUCAAGUACCAAUAGCCUUUUAUUAUUAGUUGAGGAAGAAGAAGUAUCAGAAGAUCCCAAAUUAAAUAAACUUUUAGAAGAUUUAACAAAAACCCAAGAUUCUAUCUCUACUCAUAUUUCUUCUAGAGGAAUAGCUUCAGGAUAUUUUGGAGGAAUCAUUCUUUUAAUAAUUUGUUUAAUUAUUGCUUUUCAUUUAAAAUCUUCAAUAUUUAGUUUGCAAAUUGGAAUAUUUUUAUCAGGUGCUUGGUGGUUCAUAUUUUCUAUAUUAGUGGCAAAAUGGUUACAACCUAGACCUGGACCUCCAUUAUUUACAUCAGCAUUAUUUAAAGAUGAAGAAGAAGUAGCAAUAGUAAGAGGAGGAGAAUUAAGAGGAGGAGAAUUAAGUGAGGGAGAAUUAAGUGAGGGAGAAUUAAUAGAAGCAGAAUUAAUAGAAGAAAUAGAAAAAGUUAGGAAAUUAAGAUGGAUCGAUUAUAUAUUUUUUUCAUGGCAAAGAUUAUGGAAAACUAUAAAUCACGCAAAAGAAUUAAAAAUGACAUUUAGAUUUUUGAUGGCUUGGUUUUUUAUAUCUGACGUUGCUUUAUUAUUUGCCAAAACAACAUUAAAUUUUGAAAAUGCAGGUCUCAUAAUAAUAACUUUAAUAGUUCCAAUAGCUGGAUUAUUGGGAACCAUAAUAUUUCCCAAAUUACAAAGACGAUCAUUUUUUCAUAAAUUUCAAACCAAACAAAUGAUUAUAUUAUUAACCAUUAUGUUAUUAUUUAUACCAAUUUAUGGAUGUUUGGGAUUUUUUUUACCAUUUGGAGGAUUAAAAUCACAAACGGAAUUAUAUUUUUUGGCUAUUUGGUUUGGUUUGGUAAUUGGACCUAUUCAAGGUUAUUGUAGAACUUUAUUUGGUGAAUUUGUACCAAAAGGUCGAGAAACUGAAUUCUUCGCUUUAUAUGCGGUAACUGAUAAAGGAUCAAGUUGGUUAGGUCCAACUUUAAGUAAUAAUAAAAAGUAUUUUAAUAACUUAAGUUGGAACAGUGUAGCCAUUUGGAAAUGGGACGUACCUAACGAAGAAGUUUGUGGUAUUUGUCGCGUCGCUUUUGAUGGUUGUUGCUCUACUUGUAAAACUCCAGGAGACGAUUGUCCUCUAAUUUGGGGUGAGUGUUCUCAUGUAUUUCAUAUGCAUUGUUUGUUAAGAUGGCUUGCGACAGAAGGUAGUCGUGGACAAUGUCCCAUGGAUCGUAAAUCUUGGGUAACAGCGAAAUAA